UGUAUACAAUGAUGCCCAGAAAUUACUAGAAAAUAUGGGAGGACCAGCACCACCAGACAGCAGCUGGAAGGGAAAGCUUAAAGUGCCUCACGGCAUAGGGCCUGGCUUUACUGGAAACUAUUCUACACGAAAAGUCAAAAUGAAUAUUCACAGCAACAAUAAAAUAACAAGGAUUUACAAUGUGAUUGGAACUCUAAGAGGAACAGUGGAACCAGACAGGUAUGUAAUUCUGGGAGGUCAUCGUGACUCAUGGGUGUUUGGUGGCAUUGAUCCUCAGAGUGGAACUGCUGUAGUACAUGAGAUUGUGAGGAGUUAUGGAAAACUGAAAAGGGAAGGAUGGAGGCCAAGAAGAAUAAUGAUAUUUGCAAGCUGGGAUGCUGAAGAAUUUGGUUUAUUGGGAUCUACUGAGUGGGCUGAGGAAAAUUCUAAAAUACUUCUAGAACAUGGAGUGGCCUAUAUUAAUGCAGAUUCUUCUGUUGAAAGAAACUACACUUUGAGAAUUGAUUGUACACCACUAAUGUACAAACUGGUCUACAGUCUAACAAAAGAGCUUCAAAGUCCUGAUGAGGGUUUUGAAGACAAAUCAUUAUAUGAGAGCUGGAAGCAAAAAAAUCCUUCAACAGAAUUCAGUGGCCUACCCAGGAUUAACAAACUGGGAUCUGGCAAUGACUUUGAAGUCUUUUUUCACAGACUUGGUAUUCCUUCAGGCCGAGCUCGUUACACUAAAAACUGGAAAACCGACAGAUACAGCAGCUAUCCAGUAUAUCACAGUGUCUAUGAAACUUAUGAAAUAGUAGAAAAAUUUUAUGACCCCACUUUUAAGAAUCACCUCACAGUAGCUCAGGUCCGAGGAGGCAUCAUUUUUUAACUGGCCAACUCCAUCAUUUUCCCUUUGCACUGUCAAGACUAUGCCAAAGUUUUACAAAAAUAUGUUAAUAGCAUUUAUGAGCUGGCUCAGAAACAUUCAGAAAAGCUGCAAGAGUACAACGUAUCCUUUGAACCACUUUUCUCAGCAGUGAAGAAUUUUACUGAAACAACUACUAACAGCACAAGACUGCAAAACUUAGACACAAACAACCCUGUGUUAGUGAGAAUUAUCAAUGAUCAACUAAUGUUUUUGGAAAGAGCUUUUAUUGAUCCUCUUGGAUUACCUGGAAGCCCAUUCUAUAGGCACAUCAUCUUUGCUCCAAGUAGCCAUAAUAAAUAUGCUGGAGAGGCAUUCCCAGGAAUUUACGAUGCUCUCUUUCAUAUUGAAAACAAAGAAGAUCCUUCGAAGGCCUGGGCAGAAGUCAAGAAGCAGAUUUCUAUUGCAGUCUUUAUAAUGCAAGCUGCAGCAGGCUCUCUGAAGGAAGUUGCAUGA